CCCCAGUUCAGGACUUUGAAAAACGCCUCUGUGACGGGGCAGGCGUGUAGGGGGGCGCUCCAGGAAAGUGGGGAGAUGGGUUUUUCAUGCUAGAGGGUCCCCAUCGCCCCAGCCCUAGAGCAGGGGGCUUCGGGUGUGCAAAGAGGGGCUAGCGUAGCGGAAGAGCUCGGAGCAGGUGGCUCCACAGCCCAAGACAGAAGGGUAGAGGGAGGAGGGGCUCGAGGCUGAGGGCACAGAGGCUUUAGAGAGGCCUCCCUCAAUGCCCGGAGUUCCCAAGGGAGGAUUUGUGGGGUCUGAACACGACAGCUAUAGCGGAAGCUGGGGCUCUUGCAGAGGGAGCCAAUCCAGACCUCCUGUGCCUCAAGUAAAGGACAAAUUAGGGAGCCUGGAGAACAGCAGAAAAUCCGAUCCCAGCCUCUUCGGAGAGAAGGAUCAUAAAACUUGAGGACCUCCAUUAUCCCCUUCUGCUGUCCAUCUGAGUGUUGCCUUAUCUCCUCACCGUGUCUUUAGCCCGGCUUCUCCCCUAGGCUGAAAACUGGGCACCCUGCACAUGGGUGGGCCAGCUGACUGAGCCCCAUCCAUUCCACUCCUCCUGCUGAGGCAUCUUAAGAGCAGCAGGCAUCCUGAGCUCCUGCUCAGCAUGGAGGACCUGGAGGGUUCAGCUGACUCCUAUACCAGCCGCCCAUCUCUGGACUCAGACGUCUCCCUGGAGGAGGACCGGGAGAGUGCCCGGCGUGAAGUGGAGAGCCAGGCUCAGCAGCAGCUUGAAAGGGCCAAGCACAAACCCGUGGCAUUUGCUGUGAGGACCAAUGUCAGCUACUGUGGCGUACUGGACGAGGAGUGCCCAGUCCAGGGCUCUGGAGUCAACUUUGAGGCCAAAGACUUUCUUCACAUUAAAGAGAAGUACAGUAAUGACUGGUGGAUCGGGCGGCUGGUGAAAGAGGGUGGAGACAUCGCCUUCAUCCCCAGCCCCCAACGUCUGGAGAGCAUCCGGCUCAAGCAGGAGCAGAAGGCCAGGAGAUCUGGGAACCCCUCCAGCCUGAGUGACAUUGGCAACCGACGCUCCCCUCCUCCAUCUCUAGCCAAGCAGAAGCAAAAGCAGGCGGAACAUGUUCCCCCAUAUGAUGUGGUGCCCUCCAUGCGGCCUGUGGUGCUGGUGGGACCCUCUCUCAAAGGUUAUGAGGUCACAGACAUGAUGCAGAAGGCCCUCUUUGACUUCCUCAAACAUAGGUUUGAUGGCAGGAUCUCCAUCACCCGAGUCACAGCCGACCUCUCACUGGCAAAGAGAUCUGUGCUCAAUAAUCCUGGCAAGAGGACCAUCAUUGAGCGUUCCUCUGCCCGCUCCAGCAUUGCUGAAGUACAGAGUGAGAUCGAGCGCAUUUUCGAGCUGGCCAAAUCCCUGCAGCUAGUAGUGUUGGACGCUGACACCAUCAACCACCCAGCACAGCUGGCCAAGACCUCACUGGCCCCCAUCAUCGUCUUUGUCAAAGUAUCGUCACCGAAGGUACUCCAGCGUCUCAUCCGUUCCCGGGGGAAGUCACAGAUGAAGCACCUGACUGUACAGAUGAUGGCAUAUGAUAAACUUGUUCAGUGCCCACCAGAGUCAUUUGAUGUAAUUCUGGAUGAGAACCAGCUGGAGGAUGCCUGUGAGCACCUGGCUGAGUACCUGGAGGUUUACUGGCGGGCUACCCACCACCCAGCCCCCAGCCCUGGACUUCUGGGCCCUCCCAGUGCCAUACCUGGACUUCAGAACCAGCAGCUGCUAGGGGAGCGUGGUGAGGAGCACUCACCCCUUGAGCGGGACAGCUUGAUGCCCUCAGAUGAGGCCAGCGAGAGCUCCCGCCAAGCCUGGACAGGAUCUUCACAGCGUAGCUCCCGCCACCUGGAGGAGGACUAUGCAGAUGCCUACCAGGACCUGUACCAGCCUCACCGCCAGCACACCUCGGGGCUGCCUAGUGCAAAUGGACACGACCCCCAAGACCGGCUCCUCGCCCAGGACUCGGAGCACAACCACAGUGACCGGAACUGGCAGCGCAACCGGCCCUGGCCCAAGGAUAGCUACUGACAGCCUCCGGCUGCCCUACCCUGGCAGGCACAGGCACAGCUGGCUGGGGCGCCCGCUCCAGGCAGGUUGGAGUUAGACUGGCAUUAGGCUGGCACUAGGCUCAGCCCCUAAAACCCCCUGCCCGGCCCCAGCUCCAGGGCUGCCUGCAGUCUGGGAGAAGCAGUGACCCCCCCCAAGCCUCCCAUUCCAGGUACUAGCUGUGUGUGCUGCACCCCUGGCACCUUCCUCUCCUCCUGCACAAGAAGCUGCCCCACUGGGCAGUGCCCUCAGGCCAGGAUCCCCUUAGCAGGGGCCUUCCCACCAGACUCAGGGAAGGGAUGCCCCCUCAAAGUGACUAGAGGGUGGGGGUGUGGGCAGCACGGCCUGAGGAAGAAACAAGGUCCCUGAGCAGGUGUAAUCCUAACAGUCAAGAGACUCAGGGGUUGUGCUUUGGGGUCUGAGGGCCUCCACUCACCUCACUGCCACACAUUAGAAAUGAGACAAUCAAAGCCCAACAGGGUGGCACUCCCAUCCAUCAGCUGGGGUGGGGCAUCCACACAGGCUGGAGCACAGGCAGGCUAGGCUAGGGCCAAAGGCCUUACAGCUGAAGCUCUUGAAGGGAAGGGCUCUCCUCACCUGCCAGGAAGCUUCUUAACACCUGAAAGGACCAGGGACCAGGAACAGGGUCAAGCCAAAUGGCGGAAGGGAGCCAGCCUGGAUUGGGGGUUUGGGAAGGGAAGGCGUGUGUAGCGGAGAAUGUAUGGACAGCUUCGGGGGCCUCCUUGCCCCCCACAUUCUUUUGCUCUUGCAUCCUGUCAUUUCUGUUCUUGGCUCUCAUGCCUCCUGGGGAAUAUGGGCCUGACUUUAUUCCCUGAUCCAUAGCUGCUGCUUGUUAAGUUAGGGUUAGAUGGGGAGAGAUAGGAUCCCGGGGAGAGAUAGGAUCCCGUGGACAGCCCCCAGAGGCCCAUCUACCCGGCUACCCUUGACUUACGGCUCUAGUGUGUGACCUACAGAGCAUGCUCCCCAAGACCCUGCCCCACCUCACUGUCAUCACUAAUAAACACCAUCCACAGUC